UAGAGCGGCUAGGAAAUUUUCUUUAACUCGGAAACAAUCUAAACACUAUAAGAUACGACGAGAUUUAUGAAUGCUGUCAGUCAGUAACUGGAGAUAAUGGGGGAGCCAAGAAAUCGAAUUCAAAGUUCUCAACAAGAAUCAAUUACAAAUAAAAGAAAAAGAGGGAUCACAGAUAGACAUGCUAAGGUUGAUGGAAGGGGUUGUAGAAUACGAAUACCAGCAUCAUGUGCGCCUGGUAUUUUCCAAUUAACUAAUGAAUUGGGUCAUAGAUCAGAUGGUGAAACUGUUCAUUGGUUAUUAGAACAAAUUCGUCCUGAACUUGUUGACAAUUCUUAUAAAAGCCCUUUAAAAUCUCUUCCUCCGCCUCUUUCUGAUCCUAUUGCUUCCCCUAAUCCUGUUGCCUUUUCUUACCUUGACGAUUAUUCUUCUGAGAAUAGUAAUCCUGCUACUAGUAGUGGGCAUGAUGUGGUCGACGAUGAGGAGAAUUUGAUCGAUAAUGGUGUAAGGCCGACUAUUCGAGCAACUGUUGUACAAGCAUCUACUAUAUUCUAUGACACUCCAGCUACUCUAGACAAGGCAGAGAGGCUAAUUGCAGGUGCUGCAGCGUACGGUGCAGAAUUAGUUGUGUUUCCAGAGGCAUUUGUUGGUGGUUAUCCCCGUAUUCCCAAUUUUGGUGUCACAGGGGGGAGGAAUUCGAUUGAGGAAAAUGAUGAAUUUCAAAAGUACCAUGCUUCUGCAAUUGAUGUACCUGGUCCUGAAGUUGACAGACUAGCUGGAAUAGCUAGAAAAUAUGAGGUCCACUUGGUAAUGGGAGUGGUAGAGAGAGAAGGGUCCAUACUCUACUCCUCGGUAAUUUAUUUUGACUGUCAGGGCCAAUAUCUUGGGGGACACCGCAAGGUUAUGUUAACAGCAUUAGAACAUGAUGUAUGGCAUUCAGGAGAUAAAGCAACAUUGCCUGCAUACAAGACCUCGAUUGGGAACAUAGGUGGCCUCAUCUGCUGGGACAACAGGAUGCCCUUAUUAAGAUCAGAAUUGUAUUCCAAAGGUGUUGAAAUAUACUGUGUUCCCACUGCAGAUGCAAGAGAUACAUGGCGUGCAAGCAUGACCCAUACUGCCAUUGAAGGUGGCUGUUUUGUUAUAUCCGCAAACCAAUACUGCCAAAGGAAAGACUAUCCUCUCCAGCAACAAUGUGUGUCAGGAGAUUCAAAUUCAGAGCUGUCGCCAGAUUCUGUUGUCUGCUCUGGAGGCAGCAUUAUCAUUUCACCAUCAGGGGCCAUUUUGGCAGGUCCUAAUUACCAAGAGGAGUCCCUCAUAUCCGCAGACCUAGAUCUUGGAGAAAUUGAACGAGCAAAGCUUGAAUUCCAUGGUGUCGUUGGAGUUGGGCACACAGUGUGGCCGGAGUCGCUUAAUCCAUUGGCAUUUACUGCAAAGGUCGAGAACUGUUAGGGAGAGGUUGGCGGUCUAGUAGUGUUACUGUUGCAUAGAAAGAAUUUUCUUCAAUAUGACGUCCUUUACCCAUCAUCACUUCAUAUAUCAAACAGCAAGCUAACUGGGGCAGGCUUUCUUAAUGCUGUAGAGAAAGAAAUCCUAAACCGGGUCAAAGGGUCACCAAGAAGCUGGAUUUUGUUAGGCUUCCAGUCUAUGCAGGGAGUUAACCUUAGAAUAUUAGUUUUCUAUAGUGAUUAGCUUAGAGUAGGCUGAAAAUACCACACAUAACUUCGACAGUGUUUGGUGUUUGCAUCUCACAUGUCAUCCAACUAAUACUGCUGAACCAUUCUCUACCCAGAGUUUACAGGUAAGUCUCCAUAAAGUCUUCUUUUUUGUUCCUUGAAGCUGGUGAUGUUUCAAUGUAGAUACGUGUAGUGUUAUAAUAUGAAAUCUCAUCUCUAUUAAGCACUCCUCAUAUGGGUCCCAUGAAAUGGGUCUAAUUCUUUUCAGUUGCAUCAUAUG